GAGCUGCUAACCGCGCGGUUCGAAACGUCAAACUCUGGAAAAUCGCGCUCUUUGUGUGUGCAUGUAAACAAAGUAGCAUCAGCUGGCGUUGGCCGUUUUCCUAACUUAAUUACACUUUUUCCCUACGUUUGCACUACAAUUUCCCCGUACAAAAUGGUGGAAAGGAUUGAAGAUUUAAAUCUGCCCAACACGUCGGUAACCAGGCUGAUCAAGGAAGCGAUACCGGCGGACGUGAAAGUGUCGAGCGAAUGUCGCAUAGCGUUGGCAAGGGCAACGUCGGUGUUCGUGCUGUACCUCACGUCGACAGCCACAACGGCGGCCCAGCAAAAGAACCACAAAUCUCUGUCGGCCGAUCACGUCCUCAAGGGUUUGGAGGAGAUUGAGUUCGAAAGCUUCAUCCAGCCGUUGAAAGAGGAGUUGGAAAAUUUUAGAAAAAUGAUCAAAUCGAAAAAGGACAAGAAAGCGGCCAAAGCGGACACGGACACCACGGUGGAAGGCGCCGUAAUUGAUUUGGAAAAUUUGGAAAGCAUGCAAACCUCCUAACGACAAGUCCACUGCAGGCUGCAGGAUUAAUGUUUAAGAAUUAAUUAUAUUUAUUCGCUGCUGGCUUUCUUUUAUAUAAAACUAAGAGAAAUGUAUUUCAAUAACAGAAGGCGGGACUGCAACACAUGCUGACUGUCUCUCACGUGGCCCCAACUAGAA